CAAAGUCAUUCACUUGUGAAUGAUGAAUGGGAAGUAGGUGGUGUGAUGUUGGUGGUAACCGAUAUGGGGAAUGUAUGAGAUGGUCAUGGUGGAAGCCAAAAUGGAAAGAGGCAGCCGUAGCUGGAGUGAAAAGGCAUGACGGGUUAUGCAUUGUGGCUGUAGCCGAGGUGAAGAGACAUGACAUAGGGUCGUGUUUUGUCGUAGCCGAGAUGGAGAGGCAUGACAGCCGAGGUGAAAAGGCACAAUGGGUCAUGCGCUAUGGUUGUAGCCGAGGUGAAAAGUGUGACACGAAGCCACAUUUUAUGGCUAUAGCCGAGGUGAAAAAGCAUGACGGGUCAUGCGCUAUGGUCAUAGCCGAGGUUCUGAUCAGUGUUUUAGCCUUGUUUUGUUUUGCAAAAGAGAUGAAUAAGUUCCUAGAAGCAAUUGGUGGGGUUGGCAUCCUUAAGAAGGGAAGAGGGAAGGGGGUUAAGGUUGGGAGACGAGGUAAGGAUGAGAAGCACAAUAAAAAGGUUCAUCAACGCUUACUUCCCAGAAGUGGACACCAACGUGCGAGAGACGAGGUGGCAACCAGAGGUUCAGUAGGGGUGGUGCGUCAAGCCCUUGAGGCUGUGAAUAUCGUGAAUACACUGGCAAACGAGCAUCACAAGAGCCUGAGGGAUAGGACGCAGCUAAGAAAGGAGAAUGCCAAGCUCGUCAAGAAAAAUGAAGAGGUCGAGCUCGAGAUUUGUGAAGACGAGCUCGAAAAGAAGGAAAAAGAGUUGGACGAGGUGAUGAGGGUGGAAGCUGAGCUGGAGCUCAAAGUUCACAACUCUUUUGAAGAGCAUGUGGCAGAGUUUUUGAAGUCCAACACUUUCGAGGAUAUUGUCAAACUCUACCGACUCCCAACAACAAUUGAGGGAGAAGUGGAAGAAGAUGGGGAGAGCAAUAUUGUUGACUUCCGUCCUAAGGUUACGCUAAAGUGGGAUAGGCACAGCAGAAGUCGAACCAUCUUCCCUCUGAACUUCAGUUUUGAGUUCGUUCCGAUGGAUAACGAAUGGAGCGGAGGUGUUGACAAACCAGAUCAGCUUGCUGAAUAACUCUUCACCUCAUUCAUUUUGUAAAAACAAAUUGUUUGUAAAUAAUUAAAGUUUAUGUAAUAAAUUCAAUUUGUUGUUUUAAUGUGUUGAUUGUGUUUUUGCAGUGAUUUGAACUGGGAAGGGAUGAAUGACCGAAAUGAAACUUGCUAAUUUGG